AUGAUUUUGACACAAAUAGACGGUUUUCGAGGGGCCGGUUGUUUCCUUAUGAACGGGCCGAACGACGGGGCAGAGGUUUCCGGUCAGCAGAAAGGUUCAUUAGCGAUAGAAGAAUUGAUCGCUACUGAAACAACAGAUCAUUACAGGACAAGGAAACGUCUGGUGGCGACACUACUAAAAAAUGGCCAUCUCGGGGAAUUGUUAAGUGACCGGGCCAAAAAUAAUUACGGUCGCAACCGUGAUAACACGGAGCCCUCAAAACCAGGAGAAGAUCCCCCGCGUCAGACGGUCAACAUGAAUUUUGGGGGGAACGAGAUUAAUGGGGUUACCUUCUCGGCAACAAAAAAGACGAAGGUAUCAGUAACCCACAGCAAGAGGCUUCGGGAAAUCGCUGAAGACGACAUCACUUUCACGGAGGAAGAUGCAAACGGAUUGUUGCUACCGCACAACGACGCAUUAAUAAUUUCUUUAAAUGUAUUAGAUUUUAAAAUCAAAUAUGUUCUGGUGAAUCCAGGGAAUUUGGCAAAUAUUAUACAAUUGAGGGUAUUAGAACAAGACAAACUUACCGGAAGCAUCAUUCUAGCCACAAAACUCCUCACCGCGUUCAACCUUGCAAGCGUGACAACCCGAGGAGAGAUCCUGCUACCCACAAAUAAUGAAGGGGUGAUGAAGACGACCCUUUUUAAGGUUGUGGAUGGUGAUAUGGGCUACAACAUUAUCCUGGGAAGACCGUGGUUGCACGAGAUGAAAACUGUACCAUCGACAUACCAUCAUUUGCUGAAAUUUCCAACUCUUGAGGGGAUUAAACAGAUUAAAGGCGAUCAACCGGACGCAAGGGAGAUGAAUGAGAUUUCGGUCUCCAGUAGCAAAGGGAAGAAACAUGCGGAAUAG